AUGUCCGGUGGCUCUUCUCGGAACUCUCUCCGCGGAAUGUCAUCCUCUGGACGUCGGAUGAUCAUUCGUGGCCCUUCCAGAAACGAUGCUCCAGACAACUCGCAGCUCUCUCGAAGUCUCUUCGACCGAAUACUCGGUCCAGGUCCUCGUGGAAGCGGCCCUUCGCGUUCUGGAAUCGCAGAGAAGAUCAGUCGAAUGUACAAGCUCGAAGACAUCAUGGAAGGAGUGGAGACUGAACUCCGGUACAAUGAUCUGCGAACUCGAUACGACAACCUAAACAGGAGUGAGCAAGAGCUUCAACAUUCGCUCAAGUCCAAGGAGACCCGGAUCACAGACCUGGAGAAGCAGCUCGAAGCCGAGAGCAGUAAGAACUACAAAAUCGUGUACGCUGACCUGUGUACGGCACAUGAGAAACUCAAAGAAAAGCUCCAGCACCUGGAGAAGCAAAACCAAGGGCUCUGUGCAAUCGCCGCAUCUGAAAGGUUGCAGAAGGCUACCGAGAAAGCCAAGUGUGAUGAGGCGCACAAGCCUGAAGUGACCGCUCUUACGGAGAAGCAUAGCACCGAGUUCAACGCUCGUGUGCAGGCCGAGAGAGUUGCGAAGGAAGCCAACGAGCAAUUGCAGACCUUGAAGCAGCGUAUACAAGAGAUUGCGAUCCGAGCUCGACAAGUACUUGAUAACGAGAACGCAGCCCGGGGAAAAGUUGAGAUGGCCCUUGACGAAGAAAGGUCACAAUGCCAGGUCUUUUCGGCACAAGCCGCACAAAGAUUACAGAUUGGUAAGGGCUCCCGUUCUCGUGCUGAAAAGGCUCUUGAGGAUGAAAGGGUGAAACGUCAGAUCGUGACGAACAAUCUCGAACUUCAAUUAAUGGGUGCUCGAGUCAAAGCCGAGAAAGCGCUUAAGAAAGAGAAUGCGCGAUUUCAGAAUGCUGAGAAGGCUUUCCAAAAACGUUUGUGCGACUCGCAAGAGGCCUUCGAGCUUUGUAACAAGGCCUUGGAGGCUGAGAAGGAAGGUCACGCCUCGCAGAUGGCAGAGAUGAAGGCCGAGUUGGAUAACCAGCAGAGGGAAUAUUUCGAGACGAUCCAGCACAUUUCGGCCGCGAUGCGUGACGCUCAAGACAAGCAACGAAAGAAUGAAGUCGGGCUCAUGUCAAAGAUAUGCCAGCUCGAGAAGGCAUUUAACGGAGAGAAGGUGUCUCUAGCCAUAAUGAGUGAAGAGUUCCACAGAUGCGAGGCGAGGAUUCGAGACCUCUACGGCAAAUGCAUGGAUUGGAAGAGCUAUUCGGAUGAGCAAAACCGGCAGAUUCAGACCCUGAACCAGGAGAAGGCAGAACUCAUCACUAAGUAUGAGAUCCUCGAGGCUAAGCACCAUGUCGAGGUCAAAGGAUUGAAUAAAGAAGCCGAUACCCUGCAUGAUCGCUUUUUGAAAAUGUUCUCGAAAGAUCGGGAGACUCGUCGUGCACUAGAUGAAGAGAAGGCGAAAUCUUCGGAGCUGGAGGCACGGCUGUCGGAUAGCGAGAAGAAAAUCGAGCUUCUCAUUGGGGACACCACGAGUCUUGCCACGAAUGUACUCAACUUGAAGGCUUCUCGAGUCGUUGCAUGCAAGGUCAACGACGAGCUGGAACUGAAGCUGAAGCAGACAAGCGCGCAGCUGAGCAGAGCAUUGGAGCAGCUGAAUGGCUAUGACUUUCCAGAGCAGUCCGAGGACGAUACCUCAAGUGAUAAGGAACCACAAGAGGCAGCAAAGGGCCCCGACGCCGAUACGGGAUCCGAGCGAAACGAUACCGCCGAGCGGGUAGGGUUCCUCCACAAGAUGAUUGGAGUGCCAAUAGAGACACAGAGCGAUGAGGUCUCUGAACGCAAGUCGAUCUCGCAACAAUCUACGGAGCGCGAGAAAGACGCCGCUGUUGAGCGUGGCGAGAGCGAGGCGUCGGAGUCGUCCAUUGAGUCCGAUGACGAUGAGUCUGACGAAGAAAUCAACUCAGACGAAGAGUUCACUGUCAUCGAAGAACCAGCAGUACUCUCCCUCAACCAUGAUCCAGAAGACGCCCAUCGGACAAGUUGA